GAGGGACACCUGGGGACAGAGACGGACAGGGCCGCCCCUCCCGGAUGGACCCAGGCUGGCACGGGUCCCGGACCGUCCGGGCCAGCGCUCCUGGUGUCCCCCACAGCAGGACAGGGACACCUCUCCUCCUGAGAGGUUAUUCUCCUGGUUCACUGGCUGUUGACAACCUGGGGCUGCUUGGCGUUCUCAGGCUCCUAUGCUUGGGGCAACUUCACUAUCCUGGCCCUGGGUGUGUGGGCUGUGGCCCAGCGGGACUCUGUUGAUGCCAUUGGCAUGUUUCUUGGUGGCUUGGUUGCCACCAUCUUCCUGGACAUUAUCUACAUUAGCAUCUUCUACUCAAGCGUUGCCGUUGGGGACACUGGCCGCUUCAGUGCCGGCAUGGCCAUCUUCAGCUUGCUGCUGAAGCCCUUCUCCUGCUGCCUCGUCUACCACAUGCACCGGGAGCGAGGGGGUGAGCUCCCGCUCCGCUCGGAUUUCUUCGGACCUUCUCAGGAACAUAGUGCCUACCAGACAAUUGACUCGUCAGACUCACCUGCAGACCCCCUUGCAAGCCUGGAGAACAAGGGCCAAGCUGCCCCCCGGGGGUACUGAAGCUGUCCCUGGCCGUCCUGGGGCCCAGCAGGAUGCUUGUCACCUUCUUUACUGGACCUACAAUGGGGUAUCCUCCAUUCCCUGCCACAGAGGUGGCCUGAGUCAUGUGCCCUCGGAGGUCCCAGCUGAGAAGAGCCCAGUCCUAAUUCUCCAUGCUGCCCCUCCAUUCAAGACACCUGUUAACCCCUGGGCUAGAACUGUGGUUGGUUUCUUCCCCUCCUCCCCAUCACUAUAACACACAACCGCCGAGCUGUGCAGAGUGUUCAGGGCCAUCCAGGCCUUAUGGGCCAAUGAUCACUGCCUCUCAGGCUACCCCAAGGUGACCCAGCCCUUCUGGAAGCUCUGUGAGCUUGUGGUCCUGCUCAGCCUGUUCUGCACAGGAGCCAAGUCCCUGUGCCUCUCAGUGCCUCAUGACAGUGCCUGAGAACCCCAGGCCCAGAUGCAGUAGGUCUGUCUGCAGAGGAGCCCUGACAUUAAAAUGCAGGGCCUCUGGGCCUGCACUAGGUUCCAGCCAUGUUUGUGCUCCGAGCUGGGACCCACCCUGCCGUCUGGGUGUGACUUCGCCCUAGACUCAGUUGCAGGUGGAACAUAGUUUCAGCCACCCAUUAUAUCAGCCAAAUGGGGUGGCAGAGGAAGUGCUGGUCGGUGUGGCAUGUAGACAGACAUCUAUCCUCUGAUUCUAAGUGACUAAUUUCACUGCCUCUGAUCCUGAACCAUGAGGCAGGGCAUGGGUGGCUUCCUCUAGCCUCUGCGUUCUGACCACAGUCGACUGCCUCCUGAGGUGCCAGCGCUCCCACUCUUACUCACCGGCAGACGUCUGGGGACAGAUACUUGAAGACUUAUGGGGAGCCGCAGGCUGAGGUGAGAGUCCUGAAAGCACUCUCUGCACACGAGACAGGCCGGGAGGCUGAGUGACAGCAUCAUUGGUGGGGUCACUGCGUCCAUCUGCUGCGUCAAACACAAUCCCAUGCAAUCAGCACCUAACCCAGACCUGGUUGGCAUCCACACUGAGCCCAGUGUGAGCAGAGUGAGGAGCGGUAGCUGUGAUUUGUUUAGGCUGAGUGCAGCACAGUGUAAACAAGAGCUGGGGCCCAGAGACUCAGAGGCUUAGAGGCUCAGCCGCAGGUAAAGGAGUCUUCUACUGAGCGUCACGAUGUGUGUUUGGUCCUUGGAACCGACUUGCGAAAGUUAUCCUCUGACCUCCACACUCUUUGUCAUGGUUUGAGGUUUUACACACACAUACAAACACACCACAAACAGAUAAAUGUAAAAACAAACCCAGAAUAUUAAAAACGUGCCUGGUGGGUGGUUAAUGCCAGCACUUGGGAGGCAGAGGCAGGUGAAUCUCCGAGUUAAGGCCAGCCUGGCCUACAGAGCGAGUUCCAGGACAGCUGGGGCUGUUUCAUAGCUCUGGGACACGUGUCAAGUUCAAGACUGCAGAGGCCUGAGGAGAAGGGAGCACGUGGCCUGAGGCAAAGAAGACAAGAAGCCCAAGAUGUUUUCUCGUGUUUCUGGAAGGGUUCUUGUCGGAAGGAAGGCCUGGGGGCUGGGGAUUUAGCUCAGUGGUAGAGCGCUUACCUAGGAAGCGCAAGGCCGUGGGUUCGGUCCCCAGCUCCGAAAAAAAAGAACCAAAAAAAAAAAAAAAAAAGGUGUGCGGAAGGAAGGCCUGGAGUAUCAGUGCCUGUGUCUCUUGGAUAGGCCAUGGUUGCAGAGACUUAAUAAGGUGAGGGAGGGCUUGGCCUACGUAGCUAAGACAGGUCACAGAUCUUAGGGAAGGGUAGAGGAGGAUCUCUGGAGAAGGUCCCAAAGGCAGACUAGAGCAGGGUGGGCUGGGCUUUCUCAUUGGUCAUCGGCUGUCCCACAGUAAGUGACAAACUUCCAGCUGACAGAGGAGAGGCCCUGGGGCGAGCAGAAGCAUGGAGGAGCAUCAGGUGCCAGAGUUGGUGGGUGAGGAGAAGAGACAUGCCCUAGAGGCAGUAGUGGACUAGAGAAAGCCUAAGUGGAGGGGCAGCCGCCAGGAAGCCUGACCUGGAGCAUUGGCCUGCAUGUGGUUAGGAAGCCCGUGUGGCUGGAGCACUGGGUGUCAGAGUAGAAGAGCAGGUUGGGAGCCACCUUGAGCACUGGCUUCCACUGAGUGAGCUCAGGAGGAUAGUUUGUGUUUGUGGGCUAUGGGAAUGUGACAGGCUAUCAACUCCUGAACACACUUUGAAGGUAGGCCAGCAGGGUCUGCAGAUGCGCUGAAGAGAGAAAAGCCAGCAAUCACUAACAGCAGGAUUGGGACUGGACCCUGUUGUUGUCACUGACUGGAGGGCGAAGAGAAGCACACAGGCUAGCCAGGCAAGGACCAGAAGGGCUGUGCUUGUGCAACGGGGCUCUUCAACCAACCAGCUGUUCUCAUCGGCACCUGCCUUUGUGCCUGCCACAAGUCCCUGUGGUGAUUUGGAAACAGGCUGGCUUUCAGGUUUUAGUCUAGAGUGUUGUUCUAGGGAAGUCUCUUACCUGAUGUCUGCAGAGCUGAAGUCACUUGUCCAGUUUGCAAAUCAGUUGCUUGUUCGUACGGAGUUGAGUCUUCCUGAGAAACUGCAACAGAGGCACUCAGUGUUCUUGUCUGCCGAACUGCUGGUCUGCUCCUACUCAGAGCUGUCCUCAGUAUCCAGAAUAGCCCUGCAGGUCCAGCCCUCUCUGCAACCAGAGAACCUUGUUUUGAAUCUCAAAGGUGGGCCAGUGAGAUGGCCUGCCAAGGAAGGGCCCUGCCACCAAAAUAUGAGUUUGAUCCCUGGGCCUCACACGGUGGAAGGAGAGAACCGACUCCUGCAAGUUGUCCUAUGACCUCCAUGUUUGUAUAUUGGCACACGCCCCCUCCACAAAUAAAUAUAAUUAAAUCUUAAAGGUACCCUGAGACUUUUGUAUAAUAAACAACUGUUGUUUUUCAAAUCUCA